AUGGAACAUUGGAUUGCUGUAAAGCACAUACUCAAGUACCUAAGGAGAACGAGAGAUUAUGUGCUGGUUUACAAGUCUGAUGAGCUUAUACCCACUGGGUAUACAGAUUCAGAUUUUCAGUCAGACAAAGAUUCUAGAAAAUCAACUUUAGGGUAUGUUUUCACAUUGGGAGUUGCAUGUUUCCAACAAGUUUUUCCAAAGAAUAAUUUUUCGGGUGCUAUACCGGAACAGUUUGUGAGCUCGCAGUCCUCGUUAUCAUUCGUGAAAUUAUCAAACAACAAAUUUUUUGGUCAUGUACAUCGGACAAGUUUCAACUCAAGUGUGCUUAGGAUUCCAAGAUGGAUAUCAAAGUUAUCAGAUUUAAACGAUAUUGAUCUAUCUGAUAAUCACUUGGAGGGUCCUAUUCCUCAAGAAUUAUGCAAACAAAAUAAUCUUCAUGUUUUGGAUCUUUCGCAGAACAAUUCUUCUGGCAAUAUUCCACCUUGUUUCAUCCAAGUAACAAAUAUAGAAUCUAGAGAUAACGACUUUAGUGGCACCAUCCCAAAUUGGGUUGGGAACCACUCAAACUUGGGUGCUCUUCUAUUGAAAGAAAAUCAUUUUCAUGGGAGUUUGACUUUUGAAAACCAAAAUGGCUUUUUAGAUGCAACUCCACUUUUUUCACGCAAUGAGAUUGGUGCUUUGGUUGAAGUGAUAGAGCUUGUGACCAAGAACAUUUCCCUUGAUCACAGAUCUUCUAUCCUUAAUCUAAUGUCUAGGAUAGACCUCUCCAGCAACCAAUUCUGUGGUGACAUCCCCCAUCAAUUUGGAAACUUAAGUAGGGUUAGAGCGCUAAACUUGUCGCACAACAAUUUGAUUGGGCCGAUUCCGGAGACAUUCUCUAAUUUAAAGAGCAUAGAAAGUUUGGAUCUUUCUUAUAAUUACUUGAAUGACAGAAUUCCCCCACAGCGUACCGAGUUGAACACUAUUGAAGUUUUCACCCUGGUACACAACAAUUUGUCAAGACCGGUUCUAGAUAGGAAAGCUCAAUUUGCGACAUUUGAUGAAAGUAAUUAUGAAGGAAAUCCUUGUCUUUGUGGACCUCCGUUGAAUAACAGCUGUGAUGAAAUUGAUUCUGCAUUGCCAAUUACGAAUGAAUUUCCUAGUGAACGUGAUAAUGAUAGUUUCAUGGACAUGUUUGUGUUCAAUGUGAGUUUUACCACGUCUUACAUUGUGGUACUUUUGGGAAUCGCAACAAUUUUAUGCAUAAAUCCGUAUUGGCAGCUGGUAUGGUUUUACAAGAUAGAGUUGUGGAUUACUCGUUGUUAUUACUUUUUCUUGGACAAAUUCACAUAA